AUGAUAAAGGUAUCAAAACCAAUCUCCAGUAUAGAAUUCUCGCAAAUUCUUCAGAAAAUUAAAUUUACUGGAGUGGGUAAAACUCCAAGACGAAUUGGUGUUGCUGUAUCAGGUGGCCUAGAUAGCAUCGCUCUAUGUUAUUUACUACGAGAUUGGUCCAUAUCUAAUGGCUGUAAACUGAUGGCGUUUACUGUUGAUCAUCAAUUACGCGAUGAGAGUAGUGGUGAAGCAAAGAAUGUUGGAGAGUUGAUGCGGAAAUUAGGAAUUGACCAUGAAAUCAUGAAAAUAAACUGGUCAAGAUCAACAACGAUGACUAAAGAAUCAGAAAAAGAAAUUUUCAAGCAUAGUAGUUCAUUUCCAACAACGAGCCAAUUGGAAACAAAUGCACGAAUUGAACGAUACACGCUCUUAGCUCAAGCAUGCAAGCAAAACUCGAUACAUCACUUAUUUAUUGGACACCAUCAAAAUGAUCAAUUAGAAACGUUGAUAAUGCGCUUUGCAAGAGGAAGCGGAAUUGAAGGAUUAUCGGCGAUGAGUAAUGAAAUAAAGUUACCUGUUGUGAAAAGUGCCGACGCGAUUGGGGUUAAAUUGGUGAGACCUUUAUUGGAUUGUACAAAGGAUCGUCUAAGGGAAACAUGUGUAUCUUUUAAUAUCCCAUGGUUUGAAGACCCGACAAAUACAUCUCUAACUUAUAAACGUAAUGCGGUACGUGAUUCAUUAAGUAAAAUCGAGCAAAAAUUUCAAGAAGGUGACGAGAGAUUACGGGCAUUAUCAACCGAGGGAUUGAAACAGAUUUUAGAACAUAUGCAAGAUCACAGACAAGUCUUGAACGAAAAAGUUAGUCAAAUAGUGAAGUCGAAAGCAAGAUUCAGUCUAAAAUAUGGCAUUUGUAUAAUUGAUAUUCCACCCGACGCGUCAAUAUCCUCCUCCGGAUGGUUGAAUAACCUUCCCAUAUCAUUCCGUGUUUUAAGUUAUCUACUUCGAUGGAUUCGUUGCGCUGAAUAUUCACCACGACUAGUCCAAAUUCGCACAUUACACGCGCAUAUCCUUCAACAACUGAUCCUACCACCAGAGCAACGUAAGAAUCUAACAAUCGCCGGUGUGCUCAUUUCUCCCCCAAGCAAAAAUUCCGGCGUGUUACAGCAUCGAUGGACAAUGUAUCGACAACCAUUCAACAAAACAAAUGCAUUUGACAAAGUUGACAUGUGUGAAAUCCAUUUCGAAAACAAAGAGGGAGAACUGGAAGGAAUUUUAUUAUGGGAUAAUAGAUUUUUCGUGGGUCUACGACUAAAUGAUCGCUUUCUUCAAGAAAAAUACAUUAAAAAUAAUGAGAUUAAAUUUUAUGUUAAUCGAUUUAUGAAAAAAGACUAUGACAUGAUCAAAAAAAUGUCUUAUGGAAAAUAUAUGAAAGCACUGAAUGAAUUCAUUUAUCAUGUUCCUACGAUCGGAAGGGAAACUUUUCCAUUAGUCAUGAUGAAGAAUCAGAAAACUGGACAGGAAAAAAUAUUGAGUAUUCCUACGUUGGGUCUUGACUUUUAUCCUCAAAUUGGAUCUUGUUGGGUUAAAUUUCGUAAUAACGUGAUUAACAUUAAUACUACUAAUGAUCAGGAUAUAAUAGGAGGUGGUUCAUUUCUUUGA